AUGAAGAUCAUAAAGCUACCGUGGCUUGGUCAUAGAGCGGAGAAUAAAAAGGUGGAAUGCUACUCCAUCAGCAUCAACAACGAUGGAACAAGAUUGGCCAGUGGAGGAUUGGACGGCACAGUUAAGAUGUGGGAUACUUCAACAGUUUUAUCGUUUAGUAGAGGUACCAGUGGUAAUACUUCCAAUGACUUAUAUCGACCAUUAUGUUCUAUGAGUAGACACAAUGGAGUGGUCACUAGCGUAAAGUUUUCUCCUGACGGCAGAUUUCUUGCCAGUGGAUCUGAUGAUAAGAUAGUGUUGAUCUGGGAAAAGGAUGAAGAACAACAAAACAGACCCAGGCAGUUUGGUGAAGCAGAACAAGAUUUGGAGCAUUGGACAGUCAGAAAGAGAUUGGUGGCCCAUGAAAAUGAUAUACAAGAUAUCUGCUGGUCACCUGAUGGGUCCUUAUUGGUUACUGUGGGGUUGGACCGGUCCAUUAUGAUCUGGAAUGGACUGACGUUUGAACGGAUCAAGAGAUAUGACAUUCACCAGUCAAUGGUUAAAGGUGUGGUGUUUGAUCCAGCUAACAAGUACUUUGCCACUGCUUCGGAUGAUAGAACAGUAAGGAUCUUCAGGUACUAUAAGAAGUUGAAUGACUUCAAUAGUUAUGAGUUCCAAAUAGAACACAUAGUCAUUGAUCCCUUCAAGAAGUCACCCUUGACAUCUUAUUUCCGGAGAAUGUCUUGGUCACCUGAUGGUCAACAUAUUGCCGUCCCCAAUGCUACCAAUGGUCCUGUUACGUCUAUAGCUAUUAUCAAUAGAGGUAAUUGGGACACAGAUGUUUCAUUAAUUGGUCAUGAAGCUCCUUGUGAAGUUUGUUCCUUUUCCCCGAGACUAUACGAUACUUGUACUACUGCAAAGAAUAACGAACGUCAACUAAUAACAGUGGUGGCUACUGGUGGUCAGGAUAAUACCCUAGCUAUAUGGAGUACUAGCUCAAGCAAACCAUUAUUGGUGGCAGAGGAUAUUGUUAGUAGCUCCAUAACCGAUAUCUGUUGGUCUCCUAAUGGGUUGGCCAUGUAUCUAAGUUGUUUGGAUGGUUCAAUCACUUGUAUUGUGUUUGAAGCGAAUGAAUUGGGUACCGUUGUUAGUCUGGAAGUAAAUGAUCUUCAAUUACAUCGUUAUGGUACCGAUAGAGAGUCUACGGUGUUUCCUGAAAGUGUUGAUCAACUUAUAUUAGAAGAAAAGGCUGGUCUUAUGGAGAGAAAGAACCAGGAAGACACAGGUACAGCAGUUUCUGUAUCUGUUCCCGUUCCUGUUGCUGUUGCCGCUAGUAGUACUCCUGCUGCACCUGCUACUGCACCCACUGCCGCCCCUGCUCCGGCUCCGGCUGCUACUUUGACUGCUAAACAAGUUCAGAAACUUACCCAAAGUAUGGUCAUCACCAAAUCUGGGAAGAAACGAAUAACUCCUAUAUUGGUAUCUUCAACACAAACACCUUCUUCUUCUUCUUCAGUAUCAUCAACUACCACUUUUUCAAAUAAGAUUACCAAGAAUGGAGUGAAAAAACUCUCUCAACCUUCCUAUUUCCUUCCUAAGUUUGGACUACAAACUGCUGUCCAUGGAUAUAAACUAAAGAAUGAUGGCAACGAACAAAAGAGACCAGAAGAUGAUCAUCAAGAUAACGAUAACGAAGAUAUGGCUAUUGACGAAGCAAAUACCAAUUUAAACCAACAACAGCACAACUAUAUCUCUGAAUCUACUUUGAAGAGACAACGAAGCAAAUUAAAGCGCAUUGCUAUGGAAAUGAAGUAUCCUCAAGUGUUUAAGCAAAUCACCAAUUUACCUGAAGGGUUGUUCAACAAUCUGCAAUUACUCAGCAAUGAAGUGAGUAAGUUAUUGGAAUCUUUCAACAAGGAAAUGGUUGUGGAGGGUAUCAAUCCCUUGAUGUUAGAACUUGAUGAAGAUUUACUCUUUUCAGUGGUAUUAAAUAAAGUUAAUCAUAAAACCAUUGAUUCCCAAGAAUGGAUAACUUCUUCUAUUGAAGUCAGAAAUGGUCAAUCUUGGAGCAGCUUUGAUGAAAAUGAAGAUAUCAUUGAUUCAAAUGAUCGUAUUGAUUUCCAAGACCCUACAGUUGUGAUGGUAUCAAAUUCAAUCGAUAAGAUUAACCGGAAGUUUGUGCUACAUUUCCCCUAUAGAAUCCAACAUGCUUAUCCUGUUGUGGUUGAAGAUAUACUCAAAUAUUAUGUUUUAGUUUCCUUUGGAGGGAGUGUUCAGAUCAUUAAAGCUGAUAGUGGGAACUAUUUGUGUCCCAGUAUUGAGCUUGGUGAUAAUGUGGUUUUAGUCAAGAAUAAUGGACCGUAUUUGAUGUUGGUUAGUGGUAAAGGGCUUGUGUAUUCUUGGAAACUUGAUGAUUGUCAAUAUCGAAUUAAAAAGGUAUGCAAUGGAGUUUCCUUGGCUACAAUUGUUAACUAUUCAAUGGAUAUACCCACCUCUAAGGGCAGCACCUCAUUGAUAUCACCGAAUAUAAAGGGAAUCAGUAUAUGCUCUGAUGGUUCACCUUUGGUAUUACUUGAUUCUAAUUUGAACAUUUAUAAGUUUAACAUUGGGAUGAAAUGUUGGACAAAGGUCAUUGAUUCAUGGUACUAUCUUGGGUCCAGAACCACAACCAUAGCCCCAGAUGGAGUUGUCUUACCACGAAUAGUGAAUAAUCUGAUUCGAGAUCAUAGUGAUCGUAUAACCAAAGGACUAAAGGUUCCGUAUACAUUUACUGAAGAUAAUAAGGAAUUGAAAAUUAGUAUGGAACAGAGAUUACUUGAGCAAAAGGAGUUCUUAUAUUAA